AAUAGGUGUUUACCUAUGGAGGAUGCCGGCGGUUUACGCGACGAUUGGACUUGGGUAGGAAAUGGCUGUUCGUUUAUCCCACGCACGAUCCACUUCGUUGUCUGAGCGGUCCGAGCGGUCGCAAAAAAGGUGUCCUCCUGCGUUAUUCGACCUGAAAUCUUCGGAUUUAUUCUCACAGUGACCUACGUACUAUCAGUCGAUUGGGCUCCGCGAGCUCCUCCUACCACUGUUCACCUUUUGGAUCUGUCAUUCCUGGAUCAGCAGGAAACUGUGCUUUUGUAACUUCGAAGUCAACCGUGCUUGAAUUUUAUCGGACAAUUUAUUUUUCCUCUCGUCGCACAAGAACUCUGCUGGUCUUAUUUUAAAGUUCUUUUUGAGAGUCACCCAAGCGUCUUACUACCACUCAUUCUAGUCGCUGUACAAAGUGAUAGUUGUCAAUUUGUUCCGCCUUUUGUGCAACCACUGCAGUCAAUAGACAGAAAUUUCCAAGUUAUGUCUUGCCUCAGUCCUACGUUGCAUCGCUACCUAUCCACUUACCUGCUGGAUCAAUAGCACGCACAUCGCCUAUCUACCCUAAGGAACGGGCGACUCAUCUGGACGCCACCCGUCUGACUCCCCUGACCUCAAACCAGCGCCGAUCGCCGCGCAACGAAAACUGAAGCGAAGUCAUACACGGUGCUGAACCUCUCGAAUUUGUUCAGUGGGCAUGAAACCGUCAACUCGGCAAGUCAUUUGCAAAACCAUUGGGUUGCAUCUAAACCCAAUCGUUUAAGGAAUUCUACCCUUUUGGAUUCCUGUAUUGACCCAUCUAUGGAGCUGACAGGAAAACCGCCGGCAUGUGGGUCAAAUCAGACGAUCUGCCGACUUCGAUUUUCCCGGAGAGGCUCUAAUACAUCAACUGCUCUGCGGCCUCCUGGACGAAUGACUGCUUUUCGUGCAAUGUGUAAACAGUGUCUUCAUUAUUGUCGACCUCCUCCGUGGAUGGUUCGUCUUUCUUUUUUGGUGUACACGAAUUGCGGUGGAGUAUUCACCUAUGUACUUCUCCUGUUGGUGUUGUACACCACCUCAUUUGCGCUGCGGCAAAGUGUGGCCUUGUUGCCCAUCUGCCGACACAUAGCCGAGCCGUUGUUAUACGCAGACACUGACUCAUCAAAUCAAAGUGCUCAGAGUACGUCAGAACCCAACCAAUCCUUGGCCGUUCCACCUGGUUACCGGCUCGCGCUGGAGUGUCGGAGGGGUGAAGCUAUCAGCAUACUCAUAUUCUACGGCCUUGGUUUUGUGUUCGGGGAGCUGAUGGAGCUGCUUCACUUACCCGGCCUAUUGGGUAUGCUUCUUGGUGGGCUGUUUCUCCGAAACAUUGGCGAAAUCCUUAUCCCAGAACGUGUGUACCACGAGGGUAACUUACCCAAAGGAUCAUAUCCCCUCCAAGCCAAUUUUACAAGCAGAACCUCCGAAAUACCCGACAGCCAAUUCAACAUCCGUGACACCUGGACCCAAUUAGCCGCUUUGCUAGUGGUGAAUCCUAGUCUUUCGGGUAUAAUGCGUCAAUUGGCAUUGACCACCAUCCUUUCUCGAGCCGGACUUGGACUCGAUCCUGCCAUUUUGAAACAAGUAUGCGGCAGUGUGUUUCGGCUCGCCUUCAUACCGUGCAUUUGCGAAGCGCUGACUUUGAUGAUUGUCACUCGGUUUCUCAUCGGAUGGCCAUGGGUAUGGGGAGCCAUACUCGGAUUUGUAUGCGCAGCUGUCUCGCCGGCCGUGAUCGUCCCCAAUAUGAUGCGGUUGGAGGUAACCGGCUGGGGGGUGGCCGAGGGGAUCCCCACACUCGUCGUGGCCGCAGCAAGUUUAGACGAUGUGAUCUCCAUUACCGGUUUCGGUGUCGCGUUAGCUGUCGGGUUAUCCACCGGGGAAAGUCUUGUGGCCACUCUGUUCUGGGGACCGGUGGAGGCGCUGCUCGGAGCUGCAUUUGGCGCCUCUGUUGGAUUACUGCUUUGCUUCUUUCCGCCCCCAAAACUGGAACAUUCACACAUUUUACGUGGCAUCCUACUCAUGUGCCUCGCUGUAACCGGGCUUCUUGGGUCGAUCGCUUUGCAUCUUCCGGGCGCAGGUGCCUUGGCCUGUCUUACUUUGGCGUUCGUUGUCGCGACUGGUUGGAGAGCUGGCCUACCAUGGCGUCUGACCCAAUCUGAGGAGCUUUCCGGAGCGGAUGAAAUGUCCACCAUGGGCGAGAGUAACACGGGGACCAACGCAAACGUGAACCAAGGCCCCUUGACUCUUGGGGAUGCUAUUAAUCAGAAACCACCUGGCAAUUCCGCAGAACCUGACCCAUCUUGGUCCGACCAAGAAAAAACGACUGAUACAGAUAUGAGUCACAAAGCUGAAGCUGGUCAGCUGGACGAAUUGGGUUCUGUGGAUCAAACGAAUCGACCCACUAGACGGCAACACAACGAUUCAAUCACCUCGGGUAUCCUGGAAACGCUGGUCGAAUACCAUCCGUACUAUUGCUCUAUACUUCGACAGCAAUACCAACACCCGUCGGGAAAGAACUUUAGCCCAAGAAGUAGCAUACUCUCCAACGCCUCGAAAAAGGCUAAGAAGAAUAUUUCAGGCGCUGAUCUACCCUCCAUUGCUGUUGCUGUGGCUGCCGCAGGUAUCGAGCGGCGCGAUGGGCACAACAACCCAUCAGUACCGAUGGCUCUUUCUCGAACUCGUUCACGGGCGUCUCGACGAUUCAGUCUUCCCGAACCGACAGCUCAUUAUGAACUGGAAUCGUUUUCCGUACAACAAGGAGUCAGCGCAUCAUCCGCACGAUCCAGUGGGCGCAGUUUCACUCAACAACGAAGACGUGUUCUUUCGCCUCCGUUCCGUGAACAAUAUGCGGGUAUAUACAAUCAGCCGGUGGACAAGCUGGAAGGGAUAGAGGAGCUCGAUUACGAUCCAGCUGAUGGGAAGGCUAAAAGAAGCGAGGUUCAAGGUCCAUUGGAACCACCGGAUCGGAACAUCAAUGCCAUGGGGUCCGGUGGUUGGGACGGUGUGAGCACCCACCGUCCGGCCACCCCGAAAGAACGCGGCUUGGCUUGUGUGAAUUCCAUGAGGCAAAUGAUGGCCGCAAUCUGGUGGUUCGUCCAACCCCUACUUUUCUCGCUCAUUGGAUCCGAGGUGAAUUUGGCCGUAUUGGCUGGCCAGUCGAUCGGUCACGGAGUGGCAUCUCUCCUGAUAGCCGUAGUGAUGCGCAUCGGCGCUACUGUGUUGGCAGUGCUUCCCUCUAAAAUGAACAUGAAGGAGAGACUAUUUGUUGGAUUCGCUUGGCUGCCCAAAGCAACUGUCCAGGCUGCUGUCGGACCUGUGGCGCUGGAUACGGCAAGGAAAUUACAUGCUCCACCGGAAAUCAUUCACUACAGCGAACAAGUGCUCACUUUGGCUGCAUUGGCUAUUCUGCUCACGGCCCCUCUCGGAGCCAUUCUCAUGCCACUGACUGCCCCCUAUCUACUGCGUCAAGAUCUGAGUGCUUCUCAAGUUAUGGUCGCCCGAACCACACGGCCUAUCACAGCGAGAGCGGAGCCUGUACCAGUCUCGAUGACGUCGCCGGCGAACUUGGAAACACCACCCAACGUCACCCAAACUACUGUUAAUACGGAGCCUUAAUACAGAGUUUGCAACUUUUGAUAGAUUUUCAAUUCAAUAACCUUUCCUCCACUUCCCCCUCCCCCUCGUUUGUGGUCAACAUUGGUAAUAAUCCUUGCCUUGUUCUGAGGUAUAAAAGGAUGUAAGAUUUAUCUGUUCGACCCAACCUUAUGUUUCACGCUGAACUAUUUUACCUACUCAAUGAUUUAGAUGACCGCGUCCGUUUUCCAGCGUCACUGUCCCCUCCUCUGAACUUCACCUCACACUGUGCUGUUUGUGUGACCCAUCUAUACUACUAACUGAUCGAUAGAUUUCAGUUGUUAAUGCUGCUGCUGCUGUUGUUACUCUUGCUGUUUUUACGUCUAACAAUUAUCUUCUACCCAUCUG